UGUGCAUCAGCCUUUUAGACCGACAACAUGAGCUUCACGUUCAAGUCAGCGUUCCAGACCAUCUCCAGCUUCAGCAUCCCUUAUGUGAGCCGUAUCUCUGGAGGACUAAAAGCUGGGAAAGCCAUCUUCAUUCAGGGAUCUGUUCCCUCUGGAUGUGAGAGCUUUGUGGUGAAUCUGAAGUGUGGAGAGUCUGAAGGAGACGACAUCGCCUUUCAAAUCAAGCCCCAGUUCAGCAGCGACCGCAUGGUCCUGAACAGCCGCCAACAUGGGUCAUGGGGAAAAGAGGAGAAACUGGAAUUACCUUUAAAGCAGGCCAGCGGCUUUGAUCUGAUCAUUGCCGUGAAUUCUGAAAAUUAUCAGGUGUAUUUGAAUGGAAGUGAAGUUGGCCAAUUCCAGCAUCGUAUAUCUCUGGAUCGAGUCAUCGCUCUGAGCGUUGGAGGAGAGGUUUCUGUGACAAACGUGGCUUUCACCGAGAGCUGGGCUGGAUCUUCUGUCUUUGGGCAGAGCGCAAGUAUGCUCCACUCGCAGAAUGGGACGAUCACUUUUGGAGAACAUUCAUCUGUGCUAGAUGGAAGCUCAGCUAUUCAAACACAGAUGGGACUUUCAUUGAGCAACCCGGUUCAAAAUCCUGAGGACUGA